AUGCUGGGCGCAGCCUUAUCCUUCCCAUUACCCCUCUUCUUGACAAAGUACUAUGCUACACAGCUUUCUAAACAUCCGAUUCGGCCUGAUAGUUGGGAUUGGCGGGGCAUACCAACGAGACAGGACAUCCGUCUCGGUGAUGUUGUAGUAAGCUCGUGUCGUGGUGGACAUGGUGGCUUGAUCCAAUAUGACUUCGGCAAGGAAUUACAAGGCCAGGACUUCUUUCAGACAGGGCGGCUAAACCAGCCGCCUCUCAUCCUGCGCACUGCAGUAGCCAGACUCCAGGCGCAGUAUGAGGAGGAGGGACAUCAGAUAGAGGACAAUAUCCGCAUCGUUAUUGAACGCAAUAAAAGGCUGAGGCGCAAAUACGCACGGCCUCCUCCCGAGAGCGAUAGAUUGUAUACAAGCCAUUUCCACCCCACUGAUAACCCAGAUAUCGGUGCCAGGCUGUGUGAUGGGUCGAAUUUGAUUGUUCGACAGGGGCGGACGGAGGAGGAGGAGGAUAAUCCCGCUAUCCACUAUGGCCUGAUCGCAUCUGGAAACAGAGCCAUCAAAGAUGCGCUAUUCCGUGACAGACUGGCAGCAGAGCAGGAUGUUAUAAGUUUUAAAAUGAAAGCCGCUGGGCUGAUAAACCAUUUCCCUUGUUUGUUUAUUUGUGGAAUUUGUGACUAUGCUGACUCUCAUACAAGCACGGAAUGGCAAGGGUAUGCUGCUAUGACGGCAGCAGCAUAUGCAAAAGAUCUCCUCUAUGCCAAAUUGUUCCUCAAAGGGUGA